AUUUCUACGGGAAAUACCAAUUGUUGUGACGUCAAAAAGAACAAUGUUCCAGUGAUUUAUGCCAGGUAUAUCCGCCUUGUCCCAUUAAAAUGGCACAUUUGGCCCUGCACAAGAAUGGAGAUUUAUGGUGAACCUUGGCCAGAAGGUAAAACAUCAAGUUUUUUCUUUUGAAGUUAGGCGUGGUAGUGGGUCGAAGUCUAAGCCUGCAGUUCAGGCGCUUUCUUUGGGAGCUCGAAUUGUUUUGAUUGUUGAAACUCCAAAAGAGAGGAGGAAAUGGGGCGAGGGAGGUAUUUUUCUCCCCUCCUCCUCCCCCUUUCCUUCUUUCAACCUAGCACUUACCCUAAGGGUCGCUAUUUCUACCCUCCCCAUUGUUGUUCUGUCAUAAAAACAAAGGUGGCGGCUACAACAAUACUAACUUAAACUAACUUAAACAAGCAGCUUUUCGCCCGCUGAAAAUAUGCCUGCACUGCAGGCUAGUUGAUGUCGUGUAAGUGGAAAUCAUGUUUUGGUUCUGUCAGUUGGUGACAGUGUCGCUUUCUCUAUUCACCAUUUCUAUGCUUCACGGACGAGUGGAUCAAAAUUCGUCCAGCUCCAAAAAAGUCUCCUUGUACAUUUUCACACGACCCAAUUUCGGGCUUAACUUUAAGUUCUCAUCAAGAUCUCUUAAUAGACAUUAUCUGGUCUAAAUUCAUCUCUCUCUAUUGCACGCGCUCACCUAGUGUUGACUUAAAAGAACAAAUUAAAGAAGUUAAACGGCAAGCAAAAAAAGAAAUCCGAACGAUUGCUUCCUAAUAUGCGGUUCAUCUCUGCCAAAGGACUUCGAAACCUUUUUAUCUUAUUCCAAAAGUUUGAACUUUGAGUAACUUAGAAAGUACAAUGAAUACGGCAUUUCCGUAUGGCAUAACUGCCAUUUUUUUGCAAAUAUGCAUCCGCUACAAAAUUGUAAAUUACUAUUAGGCAGACGUUACAAGAAACUUUAUCCGAGUAAACACUUUUCUAAGGUAAUUCAAUGAGCCCUUUUUCCCCGUAGGUCCCAACAAGUUGUUUUCUCUGAUAGGCCUUGGUAAGGCGUUGGUUGGUCACGUGGUAUCGGCAGAGAAUGCAACUGAUGUCACUGGAUGCAUGAAGUUAUGUCUGCUGACAGAACACUGCAAGUCAUUCAAUUUCAGCCCCCAAAUGAACACGUGUGAACUGAGCAAUUCAACAGUUAUAGCACAGGAACUCCAGAAUCAUCAAAAUCUUAACUAUUAU